UUUUCCACGCGCUCACCACACACACACUACUCUCUCUCUCUUUUUUUUUUUUUUAUAUAUCAUCAUCAAUCAAAAAAUCCAUAGAUCGUCGUCUCUUUCAGAUUACGAUCGCUUCUUUGACAGGUUUCUUCAUCACCCCGAGAAUAUUAUAAUCCAAAACCCAAGUUUCCAGAAAAAAAAAUGCAUGAUUUUUGCUUUACUAUCCCGUACGGGAUGAUUCUAAUCGGCGGGGGAUUAAUCGGGUACAUGAAGAAAGGAAGUAUAACGUCUUUCGCCGGAGGUGCAGGCACUGGGUUGUUACUCAUUCUUGCCGGCUAUAUCAGUCUCAAAGCUUUUGAGAAGAAGAAGAAUUCGUAUAUCGCUAUUGUUCUUCAGACAGUAAUCGCAGCUGCUCUCACACUAGUCAUGGGACAACGUUACUUGCUGACUGGAAAGAUUAUGCCCGCUGGUUUGGUUGCUGGGAUCAGUGCUCUCAUGACCAGUUUCUACGUAUACAAGAUUGCAACUGGUGGCAAUAAAUUCCCAUCAAAAGCUGAAUGAUGGUUAUGCAAGCCUAUGGUUUUUUUUCUGGAUGAUACUCACUGUUGUUGAAUUUGUCGAUUAGAAAACUUUAUGUGUUGUUGACAAUGCUGCUGUCAUAACACCUUCAUAGCUUGUAUUAGUCAAAGAAUUGCAUAUGGUCUUAUGUGUUUCUGAAAUUAGUUUCUUGUCAUCGUGUUUUUGUUAACCACAAACUGUGUUGAGCCAUAUUAUAUAUAUGAAGAUAUCUGACGUUUUGAUUUGAUA